AUGGAACUCUUUGACAUCGCCUUCGACAACUUCGGCCUGGCCAUCAACACGGAGAAAACGGAGGUUAUGCACCAACCGCCACCCGACGCUGCCUAUAUCGCACCCUCAAUCAAUGUGAACGGCGACAAAUGCAAGACGUGGACAACUUCACCUACCCCGGUAGUAACCUCUCCUUCACCACCAGGAUCAACGAGGAAAUGGCCCACUGGAUCUCCAAAGCCAGCCAAACCUUCAGCCGUCUGCAAGGCACAGACUGGAAUCGCCACGACCUCAACCCCAACACCAAAGUGAAGACGUACAAGGCAGUCAUUCUGCCGACGCUGCUGUAUGGAGCGGAUACCUGGACGGUGUACAAGAAGCAGGCGUGGAGACUCAAUCCCUUCCAGCGCAGCCUUCGUCGGUGGAUACUGAAGCUGAAAUGGCUGACCGGGUCCUCGACACGGAUGUAUUGGAGCGAAUGGGAGUCCUCCGCAUUUACGUCAUUCUGAGACAGCUGCAACUGCGUUGGAGCGGCCAUCUCGUGAGGAUAGAUGACGAGCAGCUACCCAAAUGA